AUGAGCUCAGAAUCAGAGCCGUCGUCACCGCAGACAGAUCACUGGGAGGAAGAAGAGGAAGGAGAACCAUGUGAGGAGACGCCAGAAGAGGAGGAGGUGAAGGUUGAGUGGCCAACGGGAGUCCCCCAGGCUUCAGACAAGGACCUGGCCAAGCUGUCCCACUCAGAGGGGAGUUCCUGCCCUGAUGGUCUGGUGUCUAUCUUGAAGAGACGGAGAGCAUCACUUGAUGGACUGCCUCCCCCAAACGAAAUAACAAAGAAACAGAGCUCCAAACGCAAAGUUCGAUUCAGUGAACCAGAGGACGGCAUAGAACAAGAUGAGGUAGGCGGAGACUCCUGCCUGAUCCUGCUACUGCUGUGUCUGGUCACCGUGGUGAUCAGCAUAGGCGGGACCGCUUUCUACUGCACCCUGGUGGACACUUACUCCAACAUUUGCACCGACUUCACUCACAACGUCGACUUCUAUGUCAUGAACAUGCGGCGGUUCUUUGAAGGGCUCGGGCAUUGGCUAAACCCCCGGACUUAA